CGAUCACGUGACCGCCGACCUUCCUCCUGCUUUCCACUCUGGCAGUCCUGCAGCAGUUUGACACAACAUGGCUUUCUUCACACACCACAUCUGCAGGGGUCUGUCCUCCUCUGCUGUGAGACAUGUUGUCAUAAAAAAUGUGACGAUUAUCGGAGGGGGGCAGAUGGGUGCGGGGAUUGCACAGGUCGCUGCCUCUACUGGCCACGCGGUGACGCUGGUGGACACAAAUGAGGACAUCCUCAAAAAGGCAGUGAAAGGGAUUGAAGGGAAUCUUAAAAGAGUGGUGAAGAAGAAGUUUGCUGACAAGCCAGAGGCAGGGGAGGAGUUCCUGCAGAAAGCCAUGCAGAACGUGUCCAUCUCCACAGAUGCUGGAUCAGUUGUUCAGGGCACAGAUCUUGUGGUGGAGGCCAUUGUGGAAAAUCUGAAAGUGAAACAGGAUCUGUUUGGUGGGCUUGACAAGGUGGCACCAGCACACACCAUCUUUGCCAGCAACACCUCCUCUCUCUCCAUCACUGACAUCGCCAGCUCCACCAGCAGGCUGGACAGAUUCGGAGGACUUCACUUCUUCAACCCCGUCCCUGUGAUGAGGCUCGUAGAGGUCAUUGCAACCUCAAGUACAAGCCAAGAGACGUUCGAUUCCCUCCUGAACUUCAGCAAAAUGCUUGGGAAGACAUCCGUGUCCUGCAAGGACACACCGGGAUUCAUCGUGAACCGCCUGCUGCUUCCUUACAUCCUGGAUGCCGUCCGGAUGUAUGAGAGAGGUGAUGGAUCCAAAGAGGACAUUGAUAUUGCCAUGAAACUUGGAUGUGGUUAUCCCAUGGGACCCUUUGAGCUCUCAGACUACGUAGGACUGGACACCAUGAAGUUCAUCAUGGAUGGUUGGUCUGCAGCGAAUCCUGACAACCCGAUGUUCGCUCAGAGUGAAGUGCUCAACAAGCUGGUUGCAGAGGGCAAGUUCGGCAAAAAGACAGGAGAAGGAUUCUACAAGUACAAGUGAUGUCCUCACUAGAACUUUAAUAAUAAAGCCAUCUAACAAGGACGAAUCAGAAACAAAGUGUGCCUUCUAUGAUAAACGUCGACUUUUGUCUGUCAGUCCAUCUUCUUCUGAAUGAUAUCCUUUUGUGUGUGGAGAUUAAAUCAGAUUAAAAUAGAUUUUUCAAAUA